CAUGCCUGAACCCGCCAAGUCCGCGCCCAAGAAGGGCUCCAAGAAAGCCGUGACCAAGACCGCCGGGAAAGGCGGCAAGAAGAGGAGAAAGAGCAGGAAGGAGAGCUACGCCAUCUACGUGUACAAGGUGCUGAAGCAGGUCCACCCCGACACCGGCAUCUCCUCCAAGGCCAUGGGCAUCAUGAACUCGUUCGUCAACGACAUCUUUGAGCGCAUCGCCUCUGAAGCGUCUCGUCUGGCUCACUACAACAAACGCUCCACCAUCACCUCCAGGGAGAUCCAGACCGCCGUGCGCCUCCUGCUGCCCGGGGAGCUGGCCAAGCACGCCGUGUCCGAGGGAACCAAGGCCGUCACCAAGUACACCAGCUCCAAGUAGACCAACACCCAAUACAAACCAACGGCUCUUUUCAGAGCCACACACCCAAUCUGGAG